AUGACUCUUCGUGGUAAGGGUCCAACUUUAGUUGGAGUACUUUGGUUUGAAACAAUCUUGUGUAUGAUUGUGCUUGCACUGCGAAUUUACACACGGACUGUGAUCCGCCGCAGUACUGGUUGGGAUGACUUACUGCUUAUCGUCACUUGGGUUUUGAUGGUUGCCUUUGCCGCCCUCUGUACAGCAUCCGCGCAUCAUGGCAUGGGUGUACAUGCAGGUGAACUUGGAGUCGAGGACACAACCCAGGGAAUGUUACUGCUCUUGGUUGGGCAAAGUGUUAUAGCAAUUUCUAUGGGUUUGAGCAAGUGCGCUGUCGCUGCUUUCCUCAUGCGGAUUGUUGUCAAAAAAUGGCACAAACUCUUCCUCUGGUUUUGGAAUAUCAGCAUAAUGGCUCUCAGCAUUCUCCUGGCUAUCACUGUUUUUGCACAAUGCACACCAGUUCAGUCGAUCUGGGACUCACGAGUACCAAGUAAUGGCUGUUCUUUGAAUCUCACGAUCAUGGCCACAAUUAUGUGCGCAUGGUCUGCCGUCCUUGACUUUGUUCUCGCUCUCUUCCCAUGGGUGGCCCUGUGGAAUUUGAACAUGAAGAAAAAGGAGAAAUACACCAUUUGCCUCUCCUUGAGUUUAGGUAUCUUUGCCGGAAUUUGCGGUGUAAUCCGAACAACAGGUCUCGAUGCUUUGACUCAAUCAACCGACUAUCUCUACGCAACAACCGACUCGGUGAUGUGGACCAUGUCUGAGCUUACCACCACCAUCGUUUGUGUCAGCAUUCCCGCCCUUCGACCUCUCUACCGCUCCAUCCGCGGCAACCUAUCAUCCAAUGACGCCUCAAACUACAAUGAUCUCCCCCCAUAUGGAAAAAGCAGUGGUGGACGCAGCGGUGGACGCAGCGGCGGACGAAGCGCAAAGCCGACCUUUGCCAUGGAUACAGUGACAACGACUACCGUGCAUGGCAAAGAUUUUGACAACAUGUCUGGCGGCAGUGGGAGGAAUGAAGAGCAAGGAGACGAUACAGACACAAGACAUAUUCUGCAACAUCCACUUCCUCAUUCAACUGGUAUCUAUCAGGUAAAUGAGGUGAGGAUAUCUUAUGAGGAUCGAAGGCCUAGUUAUGGGGUGACUAGUGAGAACAUGCCUUCUAUACCUGUUAAGACCAGGCACCACAUUUGA